AUGGCCUCCGAAACCUGUUCGUUCUGCUCUCAGGACGAUCCAGCCAAAACGCUUUGGGUACAGUGUGAAAUAUGCGAUCAAUGGGACCAUGUAACGUGCGUUCCGAUGAAAUAUCUACUGACCAUUGCGGGCGAACCCUGUACUACGUACCCAAAAUCUUCAACUCAAAUUGUACGCUACAACUGUCUCAAACACGGUGAUUCUAUUUUGGAAACUAAAGAUGCCAGUAAGAAACGAAAGGUUGACACAUUAAUAGAUAAAGCAGAUGACGAAGAACCCAAACGAUAUGGAUUACGCAGAAAGAAACAAAUCGAUUACAUAUCUCUGAAUGAAGGAGAGCCCAAGCGGUCCAAAAACGAGCACCCACAUUUAAAGCCCUUUUUGGCGUGUUUCAAUCGCUGGGAAAACACUACAAACGUCAUCACCAUCUCGGAGCUUGAACAGCAAUUUGAUUCCAUAAGAAAACCACUCAAGGUCCUAGAUCCUGAAAUGUCCGGUAUGAAAGUUCCCACAGGACCCGACGGCAAGACUUUAACGGUUGAUGCUGUCACCAAAUAUUUGGGGGAUCAGUACAGAGUCGACGUUAUGGACGUGCAAUCUCAACAAAAUUCCAGCUGGACAAUGGAACAAUGGAAUAAGUAUUUCACAAACGGUACCAUCGAUACCCGUGAUCGUAUUCGGAAUGUGAUCUCUCUGGAAGUUUCACAUAUUGACAAGUUUAGCGCGGAGUUGCAACGACCUAACGUGGUGGAAGCCAACGAUCUUGUGAAUGCUGUGUGGGACGCUGUCCCAGACAGCUCUGAAAGACCAAAAGUGACCAAAUAUGUGUUGAUGUCGGUACAAAAUGCUUUCACAGAUUUCCACUUGGAUUUCGCUGGCACAUCUGUUUACUACAAAGUUGUCUCCGGAGGCAAGAAGUUCAUUUUAUUCCCACCAACCCCACACAACCUUGAACGCUACACGGAAUGGUGCGAUAGUGAUUAACAAAAUUUGGUCUUCCUCGGGGACGAACUUGAGGACGGUGUAGCCAUGGAAUUGUCCUCUGGCGACCUUUUCAUGAUCCCUUGUGGAUAUAUCCAUGCCGUUUACACACCGAAAGACUCUCUGGUUAUCGGGGGCAAUUUUCUAACAUUACGAGACCUGGACACGCAGCUUCAAAUCGUGGAAAUCGAGCGAGCUACCAAAGUUCCCAAAAAAUUUACGUUUCCACAAUUCGACAUCGUGAUGGGCAAGACUUCCGAGUGCAUUUUGUUGAGUAAAGACAAUACGUUCAAGACUCUACCGCUACGCCAACUUCAUGCGCUCUUGGCUUUUCUCAAAGACUCGAGGUCCAAAUACAAACCUGUCAAUUAUACCAGCAAAAAAGAGCUGGUAAAAGAGCUUUCCAAACAACUUAAACAGCGCGAAGAAGAGCAAACUUGA